AUGACUAAGACGAGAGAAAGCACUGAAGACUCCAUCAGAAAGGAAGGAGUCGUCGAAGAGAUACGCAGCGUCGAAGACCCUGAGAAGGGACAUGUGCUGGACACGGUUAUUUCUCCUCAUGGUAAAGUAGUCAAGAUUGGUGGUGUUGAUGAUGCUAUGGAUUACUUGGAAGAUGCAAAACAAAUCGUGGCUACACCGGAAGAAGAUAGAAAAUUGGUCUGGAAAAUAGAUCUGUGCAUGUUCCCAUUGAUGUGCUUGCUAUAUGCUACGCAAUUUAUGGAUAAAGUUACUACAUCCUCCGCAGCAGUCAUGGGGUUGCGUGAAGAUUUGAAGAUGCAAGGCGAUCAAUACUCCUGGGUGGGAUCCGCCUUUUAUUUUGGAUACUUAUUAUUCAAUUUAGGACCGGGUCAAAUCAUAUUUCAAAAGACUAAAAAACUGGCCAAGAUGCUAUCAGCAUUCGUAAUUGUCUGGGGAUUACUCCUUUGCCUACAUGCUGCCCCCACCGUAAGAUAUCCCACAUUUAUCCUACUAAGAGUUCUAUUGGGGUGUGCUGAGAGUAUGGUAACACCUUGCUUUACCAUUAUAACAUCACAAUAUUGGAAACAAGAGGAACAGUUCACCAGAAUUUGCUUUUGGUUCGGUAUGAACGGGUUUGGUCAGCUAUGGUUAUCGGGAAUCGCUUACGGUGUGUAUGUACACAGCGAAUCGUACACGAUAAAAGCAUGGCGCCUGUUAUUUGUAAUUACAGGGUGUAUGACAAUUUUCAUUGGAUUCCUAAUUGCAUUUUGGAUUCCCGAUGAACCAACAAAGGCCAUUUUCCUCAGUGAAAGGGAAAAACUGAUGGUGGUGGAUAGAAUUAAGACAAACCAACAGGGAUUUGGUAAUCAUAAAAUUAAAACACACCAGGUUUGGGAAGCACUCAAAGAUGUAAGAACAUGGCUCAUUUUCUUAUUCAGCAUCAGUUCUAAUAUUCCUAAUGGUGGUGUCACAAAUUUUAUGACCAUUCUAUUCAAGGAAGACUUCCAGUACUCUACAAAGCAGACAUUCUUGAUGAAUAUGCCAUAUGGUGCAGUUGAAUUCAUAGGCUGUCCUCUCUUUGGUGUCUUGGCAAUGUGGGCUACAGUCAAGUCUAUAAAGGUCCUCAGAUGCAAACUAGUCUGGGCCAUGUUUUCUACGGUUAUAACGUUAGUCGGUGUUUGCAUGCUGGGUUUUGUAAACAACAACAAGAACGCUAGGCUGGCCGGUGCUUAUUUGUUGAACAUUGCACCCGUGUCGUUCAUUUGUGUUCUUUCUAACAUUAGCGCCAACGUCACUGGUUUUACAAAGAAAUGGACAGUUUCAUCAAUUUGCAUGGCUACAUACGCUGCCUCUAACAUUGCAGGACCUCAAACUUUCAUUCCUUCACAAGCACCAGACUACCAUGGUGCUAAAGUAUCCAUGGUUGUUUGUUAUGCGGCAAUGUUGUUCAUCUUGGCAGCUCUAUUUUUCGUCAACUUGACUGAAAAUAAGAGACGUGAUAAAUGGGCUGCUGAGCAUGCUCAUGAACCAUUCGACUCUACAGCAUUUGCAGAUUUAACUGAUUUUGAAAAUCCAAACUUUAGAUACACCCUAUAA